AGCGCGCCAGGUUCCAUUUCCGCAGGAAGCGAGCGGUCUCGUGUCGUUGCAUGGUCGCCGGCGACGACGAUGGAAGCAGCCGACGCGUCGGCGCUGGAGGUGUCGCCGCGGGUCGGGAGCUGGCGGCGGUCGCGGCCGUGGAGCCGGAGCAGCAGUAUCGGGCGUAGCGGCAGCAGCUGCGUCGAGUACACGAGCCUCCGCGACGUGAUGGAGGAGGAGUGCGGCGGCGGCGGCGGAGGCGGCGACCACCACCACCUGUACAGCCCGUGGCGCGGCGGCGGGGGCAGCGGGUGGGGCGAGUACUCGUUCCACGACAUCCCCGACUUCGACGCGUCCACCAUCGGGAUCCGGAACCAGCUGCUGAAGCACGCGGCGUCGGCGUACCUGCAGUCGGCGGUGGUGAUGGCGGCGGGGCGCGACGAGGGGUGCUGCCUGGCCCGGCUCUGGCGCCGCCGGCGCGGGCGCGUGCUGAUGCGCGCGUGCUCGUGGCAGGGGUGCGUGGACGACCCCGCCGAGGCCUGCGCCGCGUUCGUGGCGCGCUCCGCCCGCCGCGUCGCCGCCUUCGUCGCCGGCCGCGUCCACGCCGUCUGGAACUCGUCGCUCAGAGCGGUCCCCGCGGUGUACCACCACGCCGACGACUAG